AUGGGUUUCCUCGAUGACGCGCGAAGUGUGGCCGAGAAGUCCGGGCGAGAAGCGACGCAACAUGUUGGGUUCGCUGCGGGCGAGACAUGGAAGUACGGUAGCGUUCUGGGUCAAGAGGUAGCAGAGCGAGCGGCUCCAGUCGCCGCAGACGCCAGGAAGACUUUGGAAACUCUCAGCAAAGAAGUGAGCAGGCGCGCUGCUCCCGUUGCCAACAGUGCCUCGAAGCAAGCGACUUCAUUCGUCCAAUCCACCUUCAACAACGCCAAUCAACGUCUACCUCAACUCAUUGAUGAGAAGCUGCACAAAGACUUCGACUGGAAGUUCAUCGAGGAUUUUGGAGAAGACAUGGCGAAGCAGUUAGCCAGCACAGCAGACGAUUUCUGGCAGAAGAUGAACAGUGGUGAUACCGGCCAGAUCAGUUUACCCGAGAUUCAUUUCACCCAGGAAGACUUCUCAGGAUUCAGUGAGAGGCUCAAAGAAUGGAUCCUCUUCAAUCUUGAGCUGUUCAUUGCCUUGGUGGCUUGUAUCGUGUCUAUCGUCUUGGUCCCUGCCAUCGCCGCCGGCAUACCCACAAUGCUCGCGCUCGUGGGCUUUGGACCUAUUGGUAUUGUUGAGGGCUCUUUGGCCGCUGGAUACCAGGCUAGCGUUGGACCCAUCGCUAAAGGUAGCGCUUUCGCUAUCCUAACUAGUGCCGGAAUGGGUGGGUAUGGGCUUGGGAUUGUCCAAGCAAUCGCCAUAGGCCCAAGUUGCAUAACCGCGAUCGGAACGUGCGGUAUCGCAGCCGUAGCGUUCUUGAAGGCGGUGAAGGAAGACGAGCAGUGUCAGAAAGAGAAGACGGAGUAA